AGAUUUGAACAGAUUGACAUCCAUUCAUUCAUUGACUAGAGGUUGGGUUUGGAUGAGGUUUUCAUGAAGGUAAGGCAGACUUCAUGAUGGAGGGAGAGAAAAAACGACAAUCAAAGCGAAAAAAUCGCAAAAUUCGUAGUCAACUUGGACUCGGUCGAUCAGAAUAUUUCUCUGACUCUGAUGACACUGAGUUACCUGAACCUCAACCUCGGAAGGGGACUGGAAUGACAGCCAUGGAAGUUGAUGGAGAAAAAUCGUGUGAGGAGACAAGAGGUGUGCAGGAUCUGAUGCAAGUGGGAAUGAGAAGGCCUAAAAGACAAACCGGUAGAAGAAGUGUUUACUCCCGUGAUCACCACAAGCCUCGUGUCUAUCCCGGUAGAGAUGACAUCCGAGAGGGAAUAUUUACAGAAGACACUGAGACAAAAGAUGAUGCUAGUCGUCAACAAUCUGGCCGUCACAAUACAGCUUGGCAAACCCAUGACGUCAAAACCAGACCACCAAAUAACCAACUGGAAAAUCACAUCCGGUCUCCAUCAAAUGAUCAAGGAGAUGUUGACAUUGAAUCGGAGUGCUGUCGACAUAUUGAUGCUACCAAGAAUCAAAAUUUGGAUCUUGAUCAAGGAGGUCAUCAAGCUGACAGGGAACCUCAAUAUCACAUUAAUACACCUGAAGUUAUUACAGAUGACUGCCCACCAGAUGACGUCAGUUUUAUCUCUGAAGACCUCAGAGAUGACAUACCCGUUGUCCAUGAAAGGAAGUGUUGGGGUCACAUCAUCGCGUAUAAAGAAAACGGCCAAGAAGAUGUCAUGUGCACCUCUGAAGAUCCACCACGCACAUUACGAGGAGAACCAAACCUGCGGGACGAAGGCGCACUAUCUGACAGUUUGAGUGGAAGAGGGAGAGAAUACAACCUUCAUGGCCAAGAAAAAAAACGACCAAUCCGUAGCAGAAUCAUCGGAGCCUAGUAACCAUGGUAAUGUAAUUGGUUGCAUUGGUGCUUCGCGCUUCAAGAGUGCUAGCUCAUGUAAGGUGCAACGCCCACGCGAUCCAAACGGAAUUGUAAAAAAAAAAGAUAAUCGCGGUAGUUCACACCCGAAUAUUGCGAACUGUGCGUGGGGUCGGGAGAAAGAGCCCAUUGCAAGACGAAAAUACUUGCAGUAUAUGAAGUAUAUGAGGGGCCACGACAAGAUUCUAGUCGAAAAAAGCCCGACCUUUCACCACCCAGAAAAACCUCAUAUUGUUGCAAUCCCAGAUGGACUUGUCAGUUGUGAAUUAGGUUGCAAGGCUUGCAAAAAUGACGACGACAGAUAUGGUCUUCUGGAAAUCAAAUGUCCUGUUAGCCUAGGUUCUGGUGAGGUACCAAAACUUCAUAAUACCCGAUUCCUUAAGGAAUCUUCAAGUGGUCGCAUUGAACUUGACAUCAAUCAUGAAUACUUUUAUCAGGUACAAACUCAACUAGCAGUGACUGGACGUCCGUGGUGCGAUUUCUUCGUGUACAAUGACCGUGGUGGAUUUUUCGUUCAAAGAAUACGACCUCGCCUCAGAGAAUGGAAUUUCAAAGCUAUUAAAGCGGAGCAAUCCUUAAUUGCUUCUGAAGAGAAAAAAAUCGAGAGUCAAAUGUCCUCUAGUACGUCCUAAUAUGUUCAUGAAGGACCUGAUGGGUAUACCAUUCACAAUUCUGACGUUGUCAUGACUUCAAAUGGCUCAAAACAAAUUUUGUGUUUAGUGUGACAAAUGGGACUUAAAUUUUAACGAUGAAAAGACGAAAAUAAUGAUCUUUAAAUAUUUUGAAGAAUGAUUAAAACAUAUCAAUUUCCUAUGAAGGAUACACAAAUAGGCAUUAUGGACACUUAUUAAUACUAAUGCAUUACGAACACUAAUAAAUCCGGUCUAUAUUUAGACCGUCUGGAACCUUUUCCGCAGCAGUCAAGCGUGCUAAAAACUCAAAUUUUUUAUGUUAAUGAUAAAAUAGACUUUCAAUAAUAAAAAAAUCAAAAAAUUAUAAGCAUGCUGCAUCAAACCCAUUGUUCUCUAUAAUUCCGAAGUUUGGGGACUAUAAAAGAUAUUUCAUGACCGAAGCAGAAUUGAAAAUUAUUGAAAAAUGUUGUACCAGAAAAUAUUCAAAUAUGAUUUAUCAAAUACACUUUGUACAGUAAAAAGUGCAGUAUUAUCAGAAACUGAUCGAUACCUAAUGACUUGAUAAGUUCUAAAAUCGGUUAGGUUUGGCAUCAUAACAUGGAAGCCCCAAACCCAAGCAUUGUAAAUUUUAAACAACUUUCACUAAAAAAAGAAAUAGAAAUACUUUUGAUGUAUGAUAAUCCGAAUACAUUCUCGGUAAAACGUCUUGUAAAAGUACUGGUUGAUAAAUUUAAAGAGAGGUAUAUAACAUAUUGGAGGAAAGUCUUGACAAAAAUGCCAAUGAAUGCAUAAAAAAUUAAUUGAAAUUUGAAUAAAAGUAUUACCUCUCAUACUUUUCUACGUUCAUGAGAUUUCGUAGACGUGGAACUAGGUCAUUGUCUCAAAAAUAAACAUUAACACGAUUUUGGUUGAUUUAUGUUAAUGUCAGACUAAAUAUUGUAACCGAAUCAUUCAAUAAAUUGAGAAAAAUGAUUGCACAAACACCAAUUGCUUUGUUUAUCGUAUUUAUGCUUGUAUGACUUUUUUCUCUUGCUGGAAAUGAAAUUUUUUUAAAAAUCUAAAUUAAGUCAAUCAUGCAUUUUUGAUUGAUACCAAAAUUUGUAGCUUCAUGAUAUAAUGGUCCGCUAUAGGUCAUAAUAUGUGUAUAAGUUAUAACGAAUUAAACUCGGCUUACUUGUCAUUCCUCUAAUGUUUACAUUUCGUAAGUGCAAAGGUUGAAUUUUACACUUUGAUUAGAGUUAUAAACCUUAUCGAAUGCUCAUGAGAUCAAUUUUCAUGAAGUAAUAAAAAGGUUUAAAUAAAGAGUUAUGAAAGGAGGGGCUUAUAGCGAUUGAUGUCAAUUACCACUGGAAUGCAUAGGCGGAUCCAGGGCCGAAGCGGCCGCCCCCCCCCCUCCCCCUCUUACUGGCGACGC